AUUAUAGAAUAUUAUUUUUGGGUGAGGACUAGAAUCAGAAGUAAAUUACAAUGUACAGUAGUUGGAAAACUGGAUAGUGAAGCCGCAGCCCUAGAAUUAACAGGACUGCACGAGCUUGCUACUAAUACUAUUGUAUCUUUGAAUCGGCAGUACCCGGUGCCCAUCUAGUAGACGUCUACCUGCAUAAGCAGCUAAUAAUAAAAUUUUGUCAGAGCGCAGUUCGCUGUGCAUGUAAAGUUGUCCAUGUUGUUCGCGAAAGGAAAUACAGUACAGUGUGUUGUAGUCUGCCAUCAGGAGUAGAAUUGUCUCGUUGGCCGCUCCGUAGCGCCACGGCGAGCUUCCUUGAUAUGCCUAGAUUACAUGCCGCUGCAAAUGAUGUGAAACAGAACUCACAUAAGACAAAACAUGGAUCGCGUCAAGAAAGUUUUCAGUGGACUCCGCAACCUUUCGGUAGCUGAGGGUGAAGAGAGGCGAGCUGCGGAGAAUAAACGAGAUUCUGAUAUUUCUUCGCCUGACUCUGAAGAAAGUGACGGUACUGGAAGCGGCAAAGCCAGUGGGGAAAUGCAAGCAGCUGGCUUCGCAACAGCAGCAGUGGCUAGUGCCAGUAAGUCGAAAAGUGAGUCAAACAGCAAAGCAAGCCCAUCUAGUUCCGGUAUCGGAGAAACUGGUGGAGCUAAGCGUCCAACUCAGCCUACUGCACAAGCAACUGGUACACGAAAACACUCCAAGGCACAUGUGUCCACCAAUGACAAAGCUGUGGCGAGCAAGCAGCAACAGAGCAGUGCCACUACCACUCCUUGUAGUCGUCGUCUAUUGCGGGAGUUUCAGGAUGUCGUAAGGAAUGGUGAGAUAGAGUGCUCACUCAUCGAUGACAAUCUCCACGAAUGGGAAGUGCAAUUAACACGAAUUGAUCCCGACAGUCAGCUUCAUAAAGACAUGAAAUCCACCGGCAUCCCAGCAAUUACACUAAAUAUACUAUUUCCUCAAAAGUACCCAUUCAGUCCGCCGUUUAUGCGCGUUGUAAAGCCGUGUAUUAUAGGUGGCUAUGUCAUGGAGGGUGGCGCAAUUUGCAUGGAGCUGCUUACGGCCGAAGGCUGGAGCGCAGCAUACACCGCUGAAUCCAUAGUGAGACAAUUUGCUGCGUCCCUGGUUGCGGGCAAGGCGCGGCUGUGCCAACAAAGUAAGUCUCGGCUUGCCUACACUCAAGCUAACGCUGAGCAGUCAUUCAAGCAUGUGGUAAAGGUUCAUCAGGCCCGAGGCUGGUUCACUCCACCCAAAGAAAAGGGUUGACUUGCUUCUCCUUGUCUUGCUUCUUUGAUAAAACUUUGCAGACACGGAAUUACAGUACCGUCCUAUCCCAGGUGUGCACAAUCUAGACGUAUUAAAUACCUUCCGUGUUGACACACUGGUCACCCGUUUAUGACACAAAGCUUUGAACUCAGCCUUGACUACUAUUACUGAAGUACCUUUUUUUUAAAGUAUGCAUAAUUAUUAUAUGCCUGUGUAUAUGUAUGAGUGUAACGGCGUGUGUAGUGUGUCUGUGUGUACCACAGUGUCUGUCUGUCUGUCGGUCGGUGUGUGUGUGUGUGCUGAUUGCUAUGUUGCUAUGUCUAACAUAGCUGUUCGCUAUCAUCGCUUCCGCAAUGGGCAUGUCUGAGUCUGAGUCUUGAGUGUGUGUGUGUGUUUGUGUAUGCUGAUUAAAAAUAAUGAUGUGCCAGCUGAAGUUUGUUUAGUACAUUAUGUACGAAUGUGAUGACUUUGUUGCAGCCGUGCAACUUCGAUUUCAGUACAAUGUUACUCAAUUGCAGUGGCAGUCCAGUGCGAUUCCACUUUUUGAAGCCCUUGGCUCUGGUUGUCUUCCCCUGUGGCGGCUUGUCGUGUAGGACUGUAUGUGCAUGUGUACUACACUACUACACCCUGGCACUUGAUUGGUCACACAUACACAGAUUAUCAUUUCACCAUUGCCUAUGUCCGUGUUUUGCUAUAUAAUAAUAAUAAUAACUUUAUUUAAGAUGACCAAAAAAAUAUGAUAGCUGCUUCAUUGUACUACACGCUGUGGAGAUGCUCUUCUAGUAUUGUUGUACUUCUGUUGCUCCACACAUGAGUAUUUGUCACACCAGUAGGAAAUGAGUAUAUCGAGCAGAACUGGAAGAGAUUUCUUUGUUUUUAAAACCUGAGGUGUGGAUCACACCACUUCGUGAAAACUACGCUCAUGAUU